UAAUGAAUAAUUGAACAAGGAUGCAGUCGUUUUUAUUCCCGCUAAUCAUUUCAUUUUAUUUAAUAAAUUCCACACGAGGAUCUCCAAAAACAUCGGCGGAAACUGGAAAUGACAUUGAAAAGAUUUUAUUGGAAGGCAAUUCUGUGAAAGGUCUCACGCCGAAAAGUAGGGACGUGUCAAAGAAGCCCGAUAAGUUCAUGGAGGACUUGAUUGAAGUACAGCGCACCUAUCGGAAUUUGAAAGAAAAAUGGCAUCGGAUGAUGGAGGAGAAGACGCAGGUCAUCCAGGUGGCCAGCGAGCUCCCCACGUCAUCGACAACUCCUGUGACGUCAUCAAAUGAACAAAAAAUCGAUAUUGACGUUUUCGAGUCACCAGAUCAAUUUGAAGACGUUUCUGAAGAUUUUCAAAAAACCGAGUUCGAUGAUGAAGCAUUCGUAGAUAUUUCUGCCACGUCACCGCCUGCUACCACAAAAAGCCACGUGGCAAGCGAGCUUGACGAGAUUCAGGCCGCUAUUCAAGAAGCUUUUGGGACAACGGAGGCACCACAACCAUCAUUAUUCGAGAUAAUUGGUCCGACGACCACUAAAAGGGCGGAGCAAAUGGACGCGACUGUGACCAGUGUGAAGGUAGAUCAAACUACGCCGAGCCCCGCCAACAUUGUGCAGGGAUCAACUACAGUCAAGCCUGAAGUACCCCUGUCUGGUCCUGGCAAGUCGCUGCUCUCAACUUUUGGUGGCGGGCAAAGCGUUCCGUUUCAACCGGUGCGGCAGAAGGUGGCGUCACCUUGGAGACGGAAGCUUCAGAUUCCAUCGGAAUCGAAUGAGGUUGAUCCAUUCGAGACGACUACGUCAUCACCCAUUCCAGUGACAUCAGCUCAUGUGCCUAUGACGUCACCUCCCGAAAUGAUGACGUCACCCGCUCCUAUGACAUCAUCAACCUCCGUCCCACAACACAUCCUCCCCACUUCUUCCUUCGUGUCCUCUGGAUCCAACCCGGAUGCUCUACCAGCCACCAAUCUCUUCCGGUACCCCGAUCAAGUGAAAAUCCCAUUUUACAGUCCCACCGGGGCUUUACAAGAAGUGACUGCACCAAUAGUCGUGGCGAGACCCACAACGCCGGAGCCGCCAUUCAGAAGUGAUGAGGUUCAGAAUGAGAUUGAGGAUGCUAAGGAGAAAGUGGAGGAGGACACUGAGGAAGAGACUGGUAGAGAAGAGGAUGAAGAGGAGGAAGUCGAAGCUUCGGAAGACGAUGCAGACGGUGAUGAUGAUGAUGUUGAAGAGAUCACUGCCACAACGCCACGUGGCAUUGAGAACAACGAGGACUACGUCGAGGAGACAUUUAGCAAGGAGGAGAUCCCACAGUCCUUUGGAAUUGACAAAGCUCCUGAUUUCGAAAAAUUGAAGCCGACGAGACCUCGGCCCAAAGCGUUUGGCAUAGUGCCAAGUUCUUCAGGGCCCAAGGAUAGGGAGCUUGGCGGCCCAGGAUCUCAGGAGUUUGAGUCCGCGCUUUCUAAGUUUUCCACGGAGUCAUUCGGAAACGGCCCAGCUCCGUCUGGUUUGGCUCAAGCUUUUCCUGGAUCUUUUGGAAGCCCGCCAGGGUCUAAUACGGGAUCAGUUUCUUUUGGCUCUGGCCAUGUCCCAAGUGAUUUCGGAUCCUCCCCGUCAGAUCUGGCUCCAGCUGCACCAGGAUCAGCCAGCAGUCAACCAGGAUUAAGUGACGGCCCACUCUCGUUUGGCUCUGGAAAUGCCCCUUCAGAGUUUGGCCCUGUCCCAUCAGGCUCUUUUGGAAGCCCGGCGGGCUCUAAUAACGGCCUAGUCUCUUUUGGCUCCGGCCCCGCCACAACAGAUCCCCGGGUCGCACAGUCUAGUCUGGCUCCAGCUACACCAACAUCUAAUGGUGGCCCAGUCGUUUUAAGCUCCGGCCAGUCUUCAACAGAUUUCGGUCCUGUUCAGCCUGGCCUGACUCAAGCCUCUACAGGAUCAGUUGAUAGCCCACAUGCUGGUCUCUCCUCUUUUGGUUCUGGUCAUGCUCCAUCUGACUUCAGAUCCGCGCAGUCUGCACAACUUCAAGCCUCACCAGGAUCAGUCGGAAGUUCAUCGAAUGCUGGGCCGGUUUCAUUCGGCUCUGGCCAUGCCCCGUCUGAAUUCGACAUGGCUCCGACUAAAUUCGGUUCGGUCCCAUCAAACAUUCCAGAUAGUUCCUUAGCAAGCCCUCCAGGGUCAAAUGAUGGUAGUGCCUCUUUUGGUUCAGGCCGCGGCCCAUCAGAUUUUGGAUUAGCCCAUGCUUUGCCUCAAGUCCCAUCGAUCGGGAGUCCUCCAGGCUCCGCAUCCUCUAUGGUUGCUCACACUGCACCAGGCCCGCUUAAAAGUCAUCGUAAUGUUGAAUCAGGCCACGCUCCUGCAGACUUUGGCUCUGGAUCUGUAGAGCCACUUGGAAGCCCACCUGGGCCUCAAACACGGCCUAUUGGGACUGGUCAGCCCUUACCACCAACAUCCGUUGUAUCAGACUCCACUUCGUCUCUUGGCAGACCAGCGGCCCCUGCAUUCGGCAUUGGUAGAGCUCCACCUGGAUUUUCAGAGCCACUUGGACCGACUUUGCCUCCAGCUGCUGCUCCCUCUAAGCCAGGAUCCCAUGAGCCCUUCCCUACACUGGUAGAGCAAGUUGAGAGCUUUUUCAGCGACGGGGAAGAGCCGGAGUCGGGCUCUUCAAGCUCUCUGGGCUCCUUUGGCUCUGUGGAGAAAAUCGCAGAUGUACCGGUUUCUCAAAGUCUGCAAGUUCUGGAAGAUCCGGUUCACAUGCCGACUUCUCGAAAUCCAAGAGGUCGAACCCCGGAGCCUAUUGGAAUUUUCAAGACCACCAAGCUUAAAGAAAUCAACGAGAGAGCCUACAAGCCGCCAAUGUUCCCGAGCUCAUUGAGCUCUGAAAUUGUGCAAAUGGCACCGUUAGGCAAUCCGUAUGCUCAGAGGACAACCUUACCGCCAAUCGGACCUCACGGGCUCGUGGAGCCCAAUAUGGAAAUCAAUAGCUCAGAUAUGGAAUUGCCGGCGUGGGGAGCUGUUAAAGAUCAUGGAAUCAUGAACAAGGCUAGAAGGGAGUACCAGAAAGAGUUUGAGCAGCAAAUCCGAGAUGUGCGAAUGAUAGACGCUGAAAUCAAUAGAAUCUCAGAAAUCAAUGACGCCGGUAGAUCAAAAACUUCUCAGCGAUGCUCUCAAGUCUACGCCCACACUUUGAGCCUCACACAAAUCCAAAAAAUGUCGCACUCCCUAGGCCUUGGUGACGUGGCAAAUGUGAUACAAAAAGCGUCGGAUUUGAUAGAGCACCCGGAGAAUGAUAUCGCUCAGCUUGAAGUUGACCUGGAAGAGAAACGGAAACUUAUUGCUAAAAUUGAGAUUAUCUUGUCACUUUCCGAGUCCAGAGCGAUGCUCUUUGACUUGCUCAAUGAGCAAAAGAAAAUAGCGGAGAAAAUGGAGAUUCACGCGCUGGAUUUGUUACAGAGAACAAACUUCCGCUCGGCAACCCCAUCUCCAUUCUCUGCAGCCAGCGACAUUUCCGAACUUUCCACAGCAGUUCGUCAGGUCCUAAAUGCAAAUUCCAAAAAAGGAUGGUCUAUGAUGAAACGGAAAUUACAAAAGAAAAGUAAAAUUCCGAAACAAUUCGAGUUAAUUGACUCAGCGGAUGUGAAAAUCAAGAAUAGUUUCAUCGAUUUUAACAAAAAGUCUGGACAUUUACAAGAGACAGCGGAGAUUGUAGAGCCAAUGUUAGCGGUUAAUCAAUUUGGUCGGCAACCAGUAAUGAGUCACAGAAGGCCUUCUCCACUGGCACCACCUACAAUGAGCCCAAACCGCCCGUCCCAGCUAGCAGCCCACCACCUGACUGCCUCAAAGCCCCUGGCUCCGCCGAGCCCGGAAAAUGAAUCAGAAACUGUUCAUGAGCUUAUUGAUAUGUUACAUCAGGAUAUCGUGCAACUUAGACUCAAAAAUCGGGAAAAAAAAAUCCGUCUAACCGAGAUCAGGCCACCAGCCGAAGAGGAAAAGAUUUGUCAGCAAGUUCAAUGUGAUUUUGAAAAGGCCGACCUCUGCAACUUCGAAUCAUCUCACGACGAAACGACUCGGUUCAAGUUUUCAAAAUCCCGCCAAAUCGCUGCCCGCCAGAAAAGAUCAUCCCAACUGACAGAUGACUUGCUCGCGGAGCCAUCGAAUAUUGCAGACGACCUACUACCGUAUACCUUCCGUGCGUGGAGCAUUUGGGCGGGGCGUAGAGCCACAAGACAGAAGCAGAUUGAUAUUGGACCCGACUUUUCCUCCCACAACCAACAUUUUGCGGCAGUUUUUCUGGAACCUCAACAAGCUGGAAUUCUCUCAAUUCCCCUGAUUCUCUCACCUGUUUCCACUAAAAUCCGUCUCCGACUUUUCGAAGGAACACGUGGAAUUCGUCUAAGAAUCUGUUGUGAUCGAUAUUGUCCAUUGGAAACUGAAAAAGGAUUAUACAGAGGACAUAGAAGUUGGAUGAAAAAGACUGUUUUAUGUCCACCGAAUACUCAAAUGCUCUCAUUCGAAUGUCUAAAUGAUGGAACAGAUCGUGGAGCAUGUGGUGUUGAUGAAAUAUUCCUGGAUUCUUCUAGAUGCCAUCACUUUUUCAACGGAUCCGAUCAGAAUUAAUAAUAUUUCUUUGAAUUUUGAAUUUUGUUUCUGUUUUCUGUAGAAUGGGCAACUCAACUCACUAAAUAUUAUGUACGGGUUUAGGCGCUAAUGACUAAUAAAUUU